UGAUCCGAGGGACGGCGGCGGGGGGGGGGGACGACGACAUGUCGCUGUGCUUCACGGAGGAGGAAUUCCGGGACGCGUGGCGGGAGCUGGACGCGCCCGGGCUGGGCGGAGGGUGGCAGCUGUUCACCGAGACCAUGGGGGUCCGGAUCUACCGGCUGUACGACCAGGACACUGGUCUUUAUGAGUACAAAGUCUUUGGUGUUCUGGCCACUUGCACCCCUGAGCUGUGUGCAGAUGUCUACAUGGAUUUGACGUAUCGGAAACAAUGGGAUGGAUAUGUAAAAGAGCUCUAUGAGAAGGAUUUUGGCGGACACACAGCAAUCUACUGGGAAGUGAAAUAUCCAUUUCCUCUGUCAAACAGAGACUAUGUGUAUGUAAGAGAACGGCGAGACCUCAACAUGGAGGGCAGGAAGAUCUGGGUGGUCCUGGCCAGGAGCUCUCCACAGACGGCGUGCACCGAGAAGAGCGGGGUGAUACGGGUGAAGGACUACAAACAGAGUUUAGCUAUAGAGAGCGACAACGCCGGUGGCACUAAAGUUUUCAUGAAUUACUUCGACAACCCUGGUGGCAUGAUUCCUACCUGGCUGGUGAACUGGGCAGCUAAGAGCGGCGUUCCAGCUUUCCUGACUGACAUGCAGAAGGCCUGCAGCAGCUACUCGACGUACUGCCAGAGGAAGUGAACGCAGCCCACGCAACUUUGCCUCGAAUGCACAAUGGUGACGCUUAACCCUCCCUUCAACAAGUCCUUGGUCUUUAAUUUGUCAUAGCCUGUGAGACACGCGGAUGUUGACGCGGUUGACUCUGACCCCGUUUACACUUGGUUUUAAAAUGCGUUUUUUGGGGGGGGGGGGGGGGGGGGUUUGCGAUCGGAUCACAAGUGGACGGCGCUCAAUACAAGUGUUAAAUGACCACCAAAACGUUUUGUGAACCGGUUACUCAAACCACUCGCCGAGGUGGUCUGGGGCGCAUUUGACCACGUGUCUUCUGUAGUGUAAUGUGUCCUGAUGUGUCCCCAGCAAGGACGGAACAGGAAAUCUUCUUCUUCUUCGGAGCAACGGAAUCUGAUCACAAGUGGUCAGCAGGACGCAUGUGGAGACGCACGAUAGACGCAGGUGUAAACGGCCAUGUGUCUCGCUGUCCACUCGUGAUCCGAUCGCCCAAAACGCAUUUUAAAAGCAAGUGUAAACGGGGCCUCCGUGUCUCCUAUUUCUCUGCCAGCAGGGGAAGGGGCUCUGGGUCGCUGCAGCAUGCCUUAGACUGGGGCUCGAGCAUGGCGGUCCGACCCCUCUACGGGUUUGUUGACGUUCAUAAUGUUGUGUUGUGUUGGAUUAACUCAUGAUGUAUGUGUGUCUUUUGUGUGCAAUUACUUCCUGCUGCUCCAGGGUUUUAAACGUUUGGGGGAUCAAUGUGUGCACUAUUGAAAGAAUCAGAGGUUUUAUGUGUUGCAAAAAGAGCAGUGAUUGAUUCGGAUUGCAGGACCCAGUGAUUUGGUAUGAAAAGCCCAGUUAAUGCAAGGGGGGGGGCGCUGAGGUUUAAUUUUUAGUUUUUUUAAGACACUUUUGUUACUAACACUUUUUUUUUGGAGAUUUGACAAAGAUGUAACAGAUUAAUCACUAAUUUCUCUACAUGUACAUUUUGCACGGUCUUUACGAUGUCUAUUGCAAUCCACUGGAAUUUAUACUGUAUUUGUGUGGGGUCACGUUGUUCCGGGACAUCUGCAGCCACUUCACAGUCAGAGUUUGACUGGGGACAAACAGCAGCAGCUGCAUGGGGGCAAAUAAAGCCUUAGACUGUGAUUUAUCUGUUCUCACAGCAGCCGACUUGAGAUUCAUUAGAAAAGGGUGUGCUUUGCGGUUACUCGGGCGAGGGGUUCAUUGUGAUACAACAUGCUGUUUCACUAUGGGGGAAUUAAUAUAUAUGCAUAUAUGAAUAAGUUAAUUUUGGAUAAGAAUGUAUAGGAUUUGGGCUGUAUGUGACAGCCGCUUCUACUUAGGAGAGGCUAUGGUUGUAAAUAUUCUAAAUGACCAUGUCAUGGAGUUGAAUAAAACAUGGUUUUGG